AUCUGUAGACUUCUGUUAUAACUUUACCUACAAUGCCGGCGUAUUGUUGUGUUCCCAAAUGUACGUCUUCAAAGAGAAAUAAAUCCUAUAGAGGUCAAUCCUUCCAUCGUUUCCCCAAAGAUCCUGUACUUUGCCGUGAAUGGAUUCAUAAAAUAAGAAGAGAUCCCGGUCCCCAUUUCAAGAUCCACGUGGACACAAAAGUUUGUUCAGAUCAUUUUACAGAAGAAUGUUUUUUGAAGACCCUGGUUGGCAUGCGAAAGUUGAAACAAGGUUCUGUUCCAACAUUGUUUGCCUGGACAAAUAGUACCGUGAGGCCUGCAAGGAGGUCUAUCGUCAGAACUACAAGUCAUGCAACCACUGCAGUUGUUGAAGAGGAUGUCCAGCAGGAUGAUGUAAAUUCUAAUGAGUUAAGAGUGGUGAACAUGGUGGACUCGGACGUCAACAUGGACGACAUCGAGAUCAACGCGUCAGACUCAGAGCUCCACAUGGAGUGUGUGGAGGAGGAUCUGACGCCAUGGCAACACCAGUCAGAUAAUGAGAUGGAAGAAACAAGCAGCGUAAAAGGACCUCCCAAUCACACUUUAGUGACACGCCCCAGCGAUGUCAGUGGUGUCGUAACCAAACCUUUACGUGCCCUUGCACCAUGCCCACCACAGUCACUGGUUUUGACACAGGCUAUGACUAAUGUGCUGCAGCCUCUACAACACCCCAUACCCGAGGUUCUGCAAAUGCCGGCCGCUAUGCUGCCUAGCACCAGUAGCGUCAACGGCCAGAACAUCAUCUUCACCACACAGAACAUACAAGGGGCCACGCAGACUAUAAGUGCCAAAAAGGUGGGGUACAUCGUGAAUGGCCAACCCAUCACUGUGUUGCCGGGUGUCCAGGGAACUCAGCUCCAGCUGAUGCCCCAGCAGGUCCUGUCCCAGCCCCUGAACGGGCCAGCCCCCAGCGGCUUCACCACGGUGCGCAUCCCCGUCACCCUCACCAUCCGCACCAACAAUGGAGUCAGCACCAUCAGCACCGUGGCCUCCGGCGGGGUCAACCUCACCCCGACUCCUGUAGCCGUCCCCACCACUCCAUCCAUCACAAGCAUUACGUCAGCCGGUUCUAUGGCUGUAGCAGGCAGCCAUGUUGUGAGAGUUGCACCCCUCACCAUCUCACCCAGAGCACCGCAGUGUCUGACCGCACGGCAGUCACCCAGCCCUGCCCGGGCCCCCGGUACCAGUGGAUCAAGUUCUGGUCCCUCUCCUAGUGCUCCCCUCAGAGUGAUUUCACCAGCCUCUGCCACGCCAAAGAUGUGCAAGUACUGCCGGUCUGAGUACAAAAUGGUCAACGCCCUGCGUGGCUUCAUGUGUCUCUGCAGCAAAGAGAUCGCCCAAAGCCUGGACGCCAUCAACUCUCCAAAGUCUUUCAGACCCGGCAAACUCCCCAAGUCAUCCAAACCGAAGGCCAAAUCCUCAAAAGCUGCGGCCUACACCCCGUCUUCCUCCUCUUCCUUGCCGACCUUCCCCAGGACCGCCAAGGAGCCUGCCUACUCGUCGGAGGGCGGCAGCCCCCCCCCUGAGGCUGACCAGCAGGGCAAGCUCAUCAUGCUGGUGGAGGACUUCUACUACGGCGUGGACAAGGGCCGCAGCCUGGUCGGAGCGCCUGUGGAGAAGUCGCCAGGCGUCUUCAAGUGCAUCCACUGCAGCAAGACCCUCAAGAACAACAUCAAGCUGAUGAACCACAUGCGUCACCACGUGGAGGUGACAGCGCUGCAGAACGGCGGGGAGGACACGCACACCACCUGCCAGCACUGCUUCCGCAACUUCACCUCGCCCUUCAGCCUGCAGUGCCACGUGGAGGGCGUCCACAGCCAGUUUGAGUCCACUGCUAAGUGUAAGAUCUGUGAGUUGGUGUACGACGGCGAGCCUUUGUUCCUGCAGCACAUGAAGAACACCCACAAGCCUGGAGAGAUGCCUUACAUCUGCCAGGUUUGCGACUACCGCUCAUCUCAAUACACGGACGUAUACACCCACUUCCGCGAGGUCCACUGCGACACGGUCAACCUACUGUGCCCCUACUGCCUCAAAGUAUUCCGCUCCAGCAGUACCUACCAAAGCCACUACAGCCGCCACCAGAAGAAAACUGUGUUCCAGUGUGACAUGUGUCGGCUGCAGUUCCUUUUUGCCAAGGACCGUGCGGAGCACAAAGUGCAGUAUCACAAGACCCACGUCAAGCCCAGGCAGCUGGAGGGCCUGAAGCCAGGGACCAGGGUGACCAUCAGGGCAUAUGCGGUGCAGGGCAAGGAGUUCUUCCAUUCAGAGUCGGUAAGACGGGCAGACCUGAGGCCCUCCAGAGUGAUUGACGUUCCCUCCUCCCCCCAAAAACCUGUGCCCAAGAAGAAGCCUGUCGAGAGCCUGAUGGAGCUGCUCACCAAGUUCCAGAGGAUGAAUCCAUUGCGUGACCGACAGAACUGCAUGGAGUGCACCUUUGAGAUCCCGGACUUUGCCAACCACUUCCCCACCUGCGUCCACUGCUCCCUGUGUCGCUACAGUACUUGCUGCUCUCGCGCCUACGCCAACCACAUGAUCAAUAACCAUGUGACUUGCAGAAGCACCACCCAGUACCUGGCCAUGUACGAGUCAUACCCACGAAUGGAUGAGAUCAGGUGCACAUCAUGUAACUACAAGACAAAGAUAGGAGACAUGAUGGCCAACCACCUGGUGGAUCACCUAGACCAUGACGCUGCAAGCUUCAGAAAGAUGGAUGUGGAAGAUGUUCCUGUUCCUGCAGAAGCUUCUGAAAGCAUAGUCACGAUGGAUAUUAACCCGAGUCAGGGAGGGUCCUUUGUACCUAUUCAUCUCUUACCAGCUGGCAACAGUUCUACCAUGCUUUCCAUCAAACCACUCCUGUCUUCCAAGUCCAACAUGACUGUCACGCUCCUCGGUCCCAAUAAAACCAUGCCCACCACUAACAGUGCUGGGUCUAAUGGGGUCUGGACCCCCCCAAAAGACAGAAGCUUUGGUCAUGGGGUCGAGCUCCAGGGGUCAAAUGGCCUAAGCAACAGAGAGCUGCUCACCGAUGGAGGGGCUAACAUGAGCAGAUCCGGUAACGUGGGGUUGACCAAACUGACGGUGCGCCAGCUGAAGGUGUUACUCUACGCCCUGUGCAGCGGCAUCCCCCAGGCGACCCUCCGCUACGGCACCGAGCCAGAACUCAUCCAGGAUUUGAUGUUGCAGCAGGAAGCCCAGCGGAUCCGGAAGGAGUGGAUCUGGAGCACGGACCGCAUCGCAGAGUGGGUGAUGUGCCAGCGGGAGCAGCAGCUGCCCGUCACCGAGGAAAACCUGCUCCAGACGGCCACACAGGCCCUGGAGGAGUCGCACGAGAUCGAGGAGUUCUAUGAGUGGGCCGUGGAGUUCAUGCUCCGGCACAACCUCAGCCUGCAGGCCAGUUGCUCAGCCAAGCGGCCGCUGCCUCGCAACGUCUACGAGAGCGUCCGCAUCUUCACUCGCUUCGUCUCCAAGCAGGUCAAAGAUGUCGGUUUCCAGCUGCCUUCCAUCGGUUGCAUUGACGAGCUCUCCAUCUUCGUGGACGUCGACCAGCUCAGGUCGAGCCCUGAGGCGUUCCAGCUGAUUGGCACCGGGGAACCCCUUGUUGAUGUGGUCCUAGCUGGGCUGGCGGAUGGCACCAUGCUGCCCAUCAUGGUGUUCAUUAGGGGCAAACCUCUGCGCCUCCAGAAGGCCACGCCGGACUCCGUCCUCCUGGAGAUGCGGCCAGAGGGCUUUACGGAAGAGGAGCGCCUGCAGCUGUGGCUUGCUAAGGUGUGGCAGAAACACAUCAACCCCCAGGCCGGGGGGAAAGGUCUGCUGAUCAUGGACACCCAUCGCGGUCACCUGGCUGACGACUUCCUGGCCGCGCUGAACAGCAGCAACACCCUGCCGGCAGUGAUCCCCAUCGGUUGCACUUGCCGCCUGCAGCCCAUGGAGCUGUGUGUGGCCCCUGUUAUGAGGGAGUUCCUGCAGGCUCGCUGGUGCGAGGCUCACGCUAAGAACAGGGGAGCCAUGGGUCCAGGGAUGGCUGACAUGGUUUUACUGCUGUUGGAAUGGCUGGGCGACGUGGCCUCCUGCUUGGCCGCACAACCGGAGAUCCUCCAGCGCUCCUUCUUGAUGGUUAACACGCCACCUCAGGAGGAAGGAGAGGAUGGCCCGGGAGAAAUGGUGCGGAACCUCACCACGGCUCUUGUUGGGUUUUCUCCGGCAAGUUCCUCCAAAAAGAGCUCCAAAACAAUAGUGGAGCUGGAGGACAAAGGGGUGGUCUCGGAUUCUAUGUCUGAGUGCACCUUGCCAUCUCUGCCUUCUAACCCUCAAGCUCUUAAACAGGUUUUUGAGAAGGACAGUGAUCUCGAGUCUUUCCAUGGUUUCGAAGAAACUGACAUUGCUGAUCAGUUGCAGAGCCACACAUCACAGUAGACUGCAGACAGGCCAUGGAUGUUAAUGUUCACACCAACGGAAUCAUUACAUUUCAAGUAGAAAUGGGAUAGUUUGAGACUUAACCAGACCUCUGUUAAAAAUGCACAUGUUUUUCACUUUUGUUUUGUAGGUUUCAAAAUACUGAAAUGUUUUUGUACAUUUUCUAUGACAAGCUGCUGUAACAAAUGUUUUUGACUGUGUUACCCUAUAAGGUGAAAUUAAGUAUAACUAACCUUUCUUAUGCAAUUAAACAGCCCUGUUCUGUCAACACUGUAGACUUAAGGCUUUGUAAAUUAGUUUAUUAUGUAUUAGAAUUCAUAGACCCUCUUUCCUAGGCCUAUACCUCUGUCAAAAUUAGAUUUUGUAUGUUGCUAACUCGAAUGUAUGACUGUAUGCUUCACUGUAUGUGGCUGGGGAAAUGGUGACGACACUUAUUUACAAAGCUGUGACAGUUUCAGAAAUCAGACAUCCAUCAUCCUUAGGCCAAUGCUUACAUUUAACUACUUGUGUACUGAAAGCAACCUAGCCUUUAAAGUAGUCAUGUCUAAUGAGAUAAAUUACCUCAAGAAAACCAACCAUGCACUACACAGGAAAACUCAGAUCAUGUCCAUGCCUUAAGAGUGCUUUCUAUUGAAUACCAUCCUAACUUGUGGCUUAUUUACAUGUUUUAAUUUCAACUAAUUCACAUUUUUAAUGCAAUAAAGUGUCAGGCCUGUUUUA